AUGAUGACAGAUAUUCAUCAGCGAGUGGCAGAGAGCUCCGAGGAUAGCGAGGAAAGACUUCAUGAAGAAUGGAAACCACGCAAGGAGAUCACAGCUGCUGAUGCUGUAUUGUCUACAUGCUGGUUCCCACAUUCACGUUCGGAUGAUCCAGCCAGGUAUUGUUUUGCUACGGCUGUCAAAGAUCAUCCGAUACAUCUUCUAGAUGCAACAGACGGGAGGCUUCGGGCGUCAUAUCCUCUCGUGGACCAUCGAGAGCGAAUGGUUGCUCCGCAUUCUAUGCUCUUUUCCCAAGAUGGUACUAGACCUGGUUGUCCGGGUGAACGUUAUAAAACCUCACCUACCCGUCGAAGUCGAGAUGGUCAAAAAGGUAUCAUCUCGACCUUGGCUGCCGAUCCGACAAGUACUGGUCUGUUGGCUGCAGGAUCUUUUUCUGGUCAAAUCGGCAUUUAUGACACUUUGGCUAGCGAGCUCUCUCCCCAGAUGGUCUUUCAUUCUGCUGAACACACUGGAAUCACACAGGUCAAGUUUCAUUUACUCAAUGAACGAGUCUUAUUCACAGCAUCUCGAAGAAGUAAUUCUAUUAAAUGUUGGGAUCUUCGAUACGCUGCUGCUUGUUUUCAUACUUUUCAUCGUCCUGGUCAUACAAACCAACGUCUUAGCUUUGAUAUUGACUAUUCUGGAUUGAAUUUGGCCACAGGCGCUCAAGAUGGAAAAAUUAGAGUCUAUAGAUUAGACAAUUUGGAUGCUGAGCCAGCAUUGAAAAUGACAUUGCAUUCAGAUGUUAUUGGUAGUGUGGCAUUCAAUCCUGCAGGUUGUAGUAUCGUCAGUUGCUCAGGAUCUAGGAAGAAUAAAUUUGAUGAAAGUCAAGAUGAACAUGUUGAAAAUAACAGUGGGAUUGAUGCCCAUCACGAUCUGAAUGAUGGCCCACCUGAACAGGAAAAUGAUACAGAAUUGGCUAUUUGGAAGUUUGAAUAUGUAUAG